AUGGCUCAGACCGGCUAUGGUCGAAACUCGGCGAGUCAGGGAAGAAGGAAAUUGGGUUUGCUUGGAAGGGAUAAGAAACUGCAGGAAAAGGAUAGAAAAUGGACAAGUUUAAGUAUUUUCUUCCGAACUGUGGAGUUCAUUGAUUUGGAGCUCUCGCGUUUUAUUGCAGCUGUGAAGCUUCAUUGCAAGAUUGAUAAAGUUGCAGGAGUUCUUGAGACUAAUCGUCCAAAGGCAAAGAAUGCUCUUUACCAAGCAACUAUCAACUGUAAUGGAGUUUUUGGCAAUAGAGGUAUACAUAUUAAUAAGCUGGCAAAGAAAACUAUUCAGACAAAGUACGGGGAUACGUAUGAUUGCAUGAACUAUUCUUAUGAUUUGCCGACCAAAAGUCUUCACCCCAAUUUAAACCCAUCUAAUUUUUGGCUAAAUGGUAAAGGUUGUCCAGAUGGUUUGGUUCCCAUUAGGAGAACAACGAAAGAUGAUCUCAAAAGAGCAAAAUUAGCUACAGAGAUACAUGCCUCAAAAUAUAAUCCACUCACUACUGAUAAACAUGGCACUCAUGAUGCUGCUAAUGGAAAUUGGCGUUUAAAAGUUGAUAAUGAUGCAAGAGAACUCGGAUUCUGGCCAAAAAAUAUAUUUACUGCUUUAGGAGAUGGUGCUAAUUACGUUGAAUGGGGAGGAGAGGUGUAUAGUCCUGAUUUGCCUAGUCCUCCCAUGGGCUCUAGGUCUUCCAUAUUAGAAACAACUCGAUAUGAUGCAUAUUGUAGACUCAUUAAAACAUUUAAUGAGACUGAUUAUGCUGUGAAUGCUGUUAGUACAAAAGCAUUUUCAGAUGUCAACCAAUAUCAAGUUAAGGAUGAAGGAGAUAUAGGUGAAGCUUAUUUUCAGCACCUAGUACUAUUUAGGGGUCCGGGUGGUUAUACUGGGUCUUAA